AUGGGUUUUCAAAAGUGUGUAUAUGAGCCUAUACUUUUUGUGAAAAUUGGGGAGAAUGGGAAACUGCUCAUUGCGUGUUUGUAUGUCGAUGAUCUCAUCUUCAUAGGGAAUAAUAGUGACAUGUUUUCUGAUUUCAAGAAGUGUAUGAUUGAUGAAUUCGAGAUGUCUGAUUUUGGUAAGAUGCAAUACUUUCUUGGUUUAGAAGUAGUGCAAUCUGAUGAUGGCAUAUUUGUUUCCCAAAAGAAGUACGUGAGAGAAAUUUUAAACAGGUUUAAGAUGCAGCAUUGCAAUCCAACCAACAUUCCAGUUGAGUUUGGCUUGAAACUAACCAAAACUGGGAGCCAAAACAAGACGGAUAGCACUUUUUACAAACAAAUUGUGGGUAGUCUAAUGUAUCUAACUGCUACAAGACCAGACAUCAUGUAUACUAUUAGUCUUGUAAGUAGAUAUAUGGAGUGCCCAACUGAAAUGCAUCUCUUAGAUGCGAAGAGAAUUCUUCGUUACUUACAAGGAACCAAGGAUUUUGGAAUUUUCUACAGGAAUGGAGAAAAGGCAGAUUUGAUUGGCUUUACUGAUAGCGAUUAUGCAGGAGAUCAAGAUGGUAGAAAGAGCACUUCAGGUUAUGUCUUCAUUCUAGGCAUAAGGGUUGUAUCGUGGUCUUCCAAAAAGCAAACAGUUGUCACAUUAUCAAGUACAGAAGCUGAAUUUGUAGCUGUUACAGCUUGUGCUUGUCAAGCUAUUUAG